CGUUUGGGUGAAGGAACACAACUCUGGAGGGUGAGGCGGGAUAGAAAUUAGCAGAACAUUAAUCAGUCGUUCCUCAAAGGGCGAUCAUCAAUUUGCGGACACUGUGCAGGAUCAGCGACUCGUCAAUUGCUCAGGAGCCCAAUGAUCGUGUUCGCGCUCGCUAGUCCCCAUUGCGCGCGAUUGGAACGGCCGGCGGUCACUUCAUGGUCUGAUUUUUGAAGGGGUCUAAGCAAUGCCGAAGCGCAUGGAACGAAUUAUCAACGGCUUUGAGGAACAGACCGCGGAGUCGAUCCUCUGAAAUACAUGCGCGGAUGCUCUGAUCGCUUCACAUUCGUUUUGUUUGACGUUGGCAUAUUCAAUACUACAGACAUACGCAAAGUCGGCAGCAAUGGUCUCUUCAAUCUCUCUGUGCCUACGGACUGCGAGCCGAUCUUCGCCCAAGACUCUCAUCUCGGUCCGCACAUUCUCCUCCUCCGGCCGAAGAUGUCUGAUCAACAAAGUGGUUCCUUCGGCGGCGGAGGCUUUGAAAGACAUGAAGGGUGACUCUACAUUGCUAUGCGGUGGCUUUGGAUUGUCCGGUGUGCCCGACACCUUGAUCAACCAGGUGGAGAAGAUGCCACAUGUCAAGGGAUUGACGGCGGUCUCGAACAAUGCCGGCAUUGUGGGAGCAGGUCUCGGAAAGCUGCUGGCAUCCAAGCAGGUCAAGAAGAUGAUCGCAAGUUAUGUCGGCGAGAACAAGGUCUUCGAAUCGAUGUACCUGAACGGCGAAAUCGAACUCGAGCUCUCACCACAAGGCACACUUGCGGAGCGAUGCAGAGCAGGCGGUGCUGGUAUCCCUGCCUUUUUCACUCCUGCUGCAUACGGCACUGUUGUCCAGACCGGUGAACUCGCCUCCAAGCUCAGCCCAGAAGGAAAGGCAGUCAAGUACACUCCUCCUAAAAACGUGUCGCUAUUCGAUGGCAGACCCUAUGUCAUGGAAGAAGCAAUCAAGGGCGACUACGCGUUCGUCAAGGCAUGGAAGGCGGACCGAUUGGGCAACGUCAUGUUCCGUCACACCGCGAACAACUUCAACGGUGCCAUGGCCCGAGCUGCUCGCGAGACCAUCGUCGAGGCGGAGCACAUUGUCGAGCCGGGCGAGAUCGACCCUGCCUCUGUCCACGUCCCCGGCAUCUACGUCACCAAGGUCAUCCAGGCGACUGAGAAGAAGCUCAUUGAGAAGGUCGUCAACGCGAAGAGCCCUGAGGAGUUGAAAGCGGCCGCGUUGGGAUCCGGAGAGGUCGCCAACAAGCGUGAGCGUAUCGUUCGGAGAGCAGCUAAGGAGUUUAAGAAUGGAAUGUAUGCCAACUUGGGUAUCGGCAUGCCCAUGAUGGCGACCUCGUUCGUUGAUCCUUCGGUCGAGGUGCAAUUGCAGAGUGAGAACGGUAUCCUCGGACUUGGACCGUAUCCGCAGAAAGGCGAGGAGGACGCCGAUCUCAUCAACGCCGGCAAAGAGACCGUGACUCUUCUCCCGGGUGCAGCCGUCUUCGGCUCUGACGAAUCAUUCGCUAUGAUCCGAUCAGGCAGAAUCGACCUUACCAUGCUCGGCGCUAUGCAAGUCAGCGCCAGCGGCGAUCUAGCCAACUUCAUGCUUCCCGGCAAGGUCAAGGGCAUGGGAGGUGCCAUGGAUCUCGUCUCCAACCCUCAACAGACCAAGGUCGUCGUGGUCAUGGAGCACACGGACAAGAAGGGAAACCCCAAGAUCUUGCGUCAAUGCGAGUUCCCGCUGACCGGCAAGAACUGCGUGUCGCUCAUCAUCACCGAAUUGGCUGUAUUCGACGUCGACCCCGUCACGGGUCUCACCCUGAUCGAGCACGCCGAGGGCGUCACCGUCGAUGAGAUCAAGUCAAAAACCGGCGCGCCUUUCCUGGUCUCCGACAAAUUGAUCCCAAUGCAACAAUGAAGCGAGCAGCAAUGACCACUUUUUGAGGAGGAGGAAUUCAGGACCACCUCAGCUGGAUCUUUACUUCCAGCCAUACCAGCUCAAGUCGCAUGCGUCGCAGUCCACAGUUUGCCGUGUCAGCCUUCACAGGCGAGGGCGCGUCGCAAUACGCAUUGGGGUACUAUUGAUCCCCUGAGAGCACCACAGGUGCGCUUCGCGCUUGUCUAUCGUCAGGAUGGUGGUGGCCUUGAGUCGAAUGCACAUCACAAUUCCCUGCCAGAAACUCUCUCACAUUUGCAG